GUUUCCGAAACUGAGGCUUUCAUUCCACGUGUAAAACCACCCAUCGAAUGCGCCUUGGGUACCCCGCCAACCCGCAGGUGGUCCUGGAAGUUUUAUCACGACGGGCCAGCUUUAACCAACUGAUCAGUGAAUUUCAACGGAAGUCGCUGUGUUUUUCGCUUAACGAGGAAACUGGAUAUUCGCAGAAGCCAAAAGUUUUUACAGAGAGUACAUUAAAAAAUGCAGCGUUCAGAUGAACCAUAUCUACAAACAAAUGGGUUUGAAGUCUGCAUGUCUGUUGAGUCCCCUGCCACCACCACCAUCUUCUUCCUGAGGAAAAGGAGGAGGAGAUGGAAGACGAGGCUUCUUGUGAGCAGGAAAAACAAAAGGAAGCCAUGGCGGAGCAACACAAGCGGCCCGUUGUGCUCUUGAAAGACCCCAUCAUGCCCUCACUUGAAAAGGCCCUACAGCUCCACUUCGACCUGCUCAAGCCCUGGGAUUCGGGACAACCCCUGCACAGCUUCCUGGUCUCACACGCCCACUUGGUGAGCGCGGUGCUGGCAGGGGGUCGUAGUGGGCCUGUGGAAUCCGCCUUGAUUGACGCCCUCCCUGGGUUGAAAUUGGUGGUGACAACCAGCAUGUGGGUGGAUCACAUCGAUAUGAGCGUGUGUCGGCGACGCGGCGUGGCUGUGGGCAACCUCGGUGCUGUUUUUGCAGAGGAAGUUGCUGACUAUGCCAUUGGCCUCCUGCUUGCUGUCCUCCACCGCAUUGCUGCCUCUGAUCGCAACGUGAGGCAAGGGCACUUUUGCUCGGAGUCACACAGUCCGUUUGGUACCAAGUUGAGUGGUAAACAUGUGGGGAUUGUUGGCCUGGGAAGCAUAGGCUUAGCCAUCGCUAGAAGGUUGGAGCCCUUUGGCUGCACCAUCUCUUAUCAUUCAAGGACAGAGAAACCCUCCACGCCAUAUACAUACUUUCCUGACAGCCAUCUGGCAUAUGUGAGUGACAUUCUCAUUGUGGCUUGCCCUCUCAAUGACAAAACACACCACAUUGUGAACAGGGAUGCUCUGUUGGCACUGGGGAAGAAUGGGGUGCUCAUCAAUGUGGCUCGUGGUGCUGUCAUUGACGAGAAAGAAAUGGUGAGAUGCUUGGUUGAAGGAGAGCUUGGGGGUGCAGGUCUUGACGUAUUCGAGAAUGAGCCUCAUGUUCCUCAUGAACUGCUCCUCAUGGACAAUGUCGUGCUCUCUCCCCAUUCUGCUAUUUUUACCUCAGAAUCACUUUUAGCUGCUGAAGAUAUUGUCCUGGGAAAUCUCAAGGCCUUCUUCUCAAAUAGGCCAUUGCUAUCUACAGUGGAGUGAAGGCCAUGCUUUGUUCCUUUGACUGUCUUCCAAGUUCCGAGUAGUAAUGGAAUGGAAAGCAGCAUGAAUGACUACCUCAAUCGACCAUGCCAUGCCAUCUUAAGAAAUUUGGUAGGCUAACCGUGGCGGUAUCCUCUUCCUGAAGUGCACAUGGAGCCCCAAGAGUACUACACUCUCCAAAAACUCUUGGUUUUAUGCAGUAGUAAAUUGGGUGUGAAUUUCCCUAAAAAGGUUUUUUGUUAUUUCUGUGGGGUCUUGUAAUUGGCAGUGUUAUCACGGGGUAAAACGAGUGCCUUUCUGGAUUUUCAUUUGAGAAACUGUCUUGUGGGGUGAGGACAAGGCAAGUGCAGAAUAAAAUGUUUCUUCACAAACAUUGUGAAAUCA